AUGAAAUCACUCCAACUCAAAAGAUUCCUUUCCGUACUUGGAUCAUCAUCUUCUCGUCCAUUAUUUUCAAAUAGUCGUUUCACUCUCCCAACAACAAACAAGCCUUCACAUUUUUCAUUCAAUCAUUCACCAAUAAUUUUUGAAAAUAACAGAAGAGAAUUUCAUACAAAUUCAAUUUCUUUUUCCGAAGUUAAAAGAACGGAGCAAGAUUUAGCACAAAUAUUGCACAAGUAUUUCAGUGAGGAAGGUUCUGAUACUGACUCAACAGUCAUUAAAGUAAAUGAUAUUUCGGGAGGAUGUGGAGCAAUGUUUGACAUCUUGGUUGUUUCCAAGAAAUUUGAAGGACAUUCUUUAGUUAAACAACACAAAAUGGUGAUGGAAGUGUUGAAAAAGGAUAUUCAAAACAUGCAUGGAUUAACCAUCAACACAAAAACACCUGCUCAAUACAGCAAAAUUAUUCAAUCUCGAUUUUAG